AUGUUCAAAAACACCAAACAUCUUCUUCUUCUUCCCCUUCGUUUCCAUCCAAUACCCGCCUACUUUUCGCAGGCUCCUAUAAAUUGGGCUUACCCGCCAUCUCCUUCUUCCAUCUUCUUGCUCCUUUUCUUUCUUCCAUACUUCAAAUCAAUCCAUUCCCUUCUUCAGCCGACAUCCCUAUCGUCCGGCUCCGUCACUCUCUCGUGGCUCAUGAGCGCAAAAUCGAACUUAUGGUCAGUGCGAAGCGUGCGAUUGCGAGUAGCAAUGGCCGUCGCACUGGCCCUCACCAUCGAAGGACUGAUGCGAUCCAAUCUGAAUAUGGCGAUCGUUUGUAUGCUAAACAGUACGGCACUGACGGACGGAAAGCCGAUGAUCUCCGCGACUUCUUCUCGUCUGAAUACGUCAUUCAACGAGGAAAAAUGCCCUUUACUAACAUUUGGAGGCAACAAAACAGUUGAACAUAGAGGCACAAUAUACUGGACAUCACAUGAUCGAGCGAUAAUCUUUGCUGCUUUCUAUGUGGGAGGAUUGGUUGCCACGUUGUGUUCGGAGCUCUUGAAUAGGUACAUAGGACCAACAAGAACAGUGUUCUACGGUGCAGUUGUGAAUGUGCUUGGAACAUUCGUAACUCCAUUCGUGGCAUCAACAACCAAUUUCGGUACCAUGCCGAUAAUGUUUCUACGAUUUCUGAUGGGAUUUGGACAAGGUGUUCUUUGGCCAUGUAUGCUCGUUCUCGUUUCUCAGUGGUUCCCAGCCAACGAGAAAUCCACAGCUCUGGCGAUCGCAACGACUGGAAAUCAACUCUCCGUGGUCAUCGCAAUGUUCGCCACUGCAGAAUUGUGUCAACUUCCAUUAGGAUGGCCAAUGGCAUUCCAUACAUAUGCAGUGUUUGGAAUCGUGUUGUGUGUCCUUUGGUACAUUGUUGUACACGAUUCUCCAUGCCACGCUGAAGAUGUUCUUUCCAAGGAAGAGCUUCAUUACAUCACAACAGAGCGAGCUAUCAAACGACCACAGAAAACUAGAUGGUUAAAUUUGGCAAAAUCUCCAGUUGUCUGGUCAAUUGCUGCUUCCUCAUUUGCACACAACUAUGUUACUGUUGGAACCAUCACCUACUUACCACUCUACUACAAAACCAUCUUGAACAUGAGUCUGACAUCGAACGGUGUUCUAUCUGCUCUCCCAUUCCUUCUCCAACUAAUAUCCAAGGUUGUCUAUGUUGGAUUUGCCGAUAUCGCCAGAAGACGUGAAUGGGCAUCAAUGGAUACAAUUACUAAAAUCUGCAACUCUUCUGCUUCUUUUGGAAUCGCCAUCUGCUUCGGUCUUCUCUGCUUUGCUGAUUGCACUCAAAGAGGAACAGCCAUUUUCCUAGUCUGUAUGGCAAUGUCAUUCGUCUCUGGAUACAUUCCUGGAUACUCCACCAGUGUCGUCACAAUCGCUCCCGCUCAGACUGCCGGAAUCGCUGCUUUCUCGAGAUUUUGGGGACAGAUUGCUUCAUCGGUGGCUCCAUACCAUAUCGGAGCAUUCACAAAACAAGGAACACCUGCGGAAUGGAUGUCUGUAUUCAGUACGAUGGGUGCGAUUUGCAUCGCUACCGGAGUGUUCUUCCAUUGUUGUGGAACAGUGAGUCUACAACAUUGGGAUUCCGAUCAUUCAAAAGCUCCAAUCGAGAUCGCUCGUGAAGAGUUAAUUGAUAGUUCAAAGCUUGACGAUUCUCUCCGAAUUACCACAGUAGACUAA